UAAGCGGUACUGAAUUGAUGUGUUAAAGUCGUAAUGCCGGAUCCUGCAAUGGUGUUAUAAAAAUGUGUUAAAGAUAAUAUUUACAGAUUUUAUAAAUGUGGACCAUUUUGUCCAUCAGUUUUAAACUUGAUCACAUUCUUUUAAUGUCUUCUGGCUCACUCGUAGUUUAUUACGUAUGCCAGAACGACUUAACCUCAGCAAAAACAUGUUUUCUCCCCGGGAUUUAGGUAAAACAGAUUAUAUUAGUUUAAAUAUCUACGAUAGUGCGGCUUUCACACGGGGGACAUCGCGUAGCCUUUGGAGGCAAUGGAAACAGUUAUCAAGGUUUCAAAGAAAUAUUUUCUACUUUGCUAUUGUAACAGUUUUACUUGUGAUAUUUUAUCUUUUGCCCGGUGAAACCAAAAAUGCUAUUCUACAAAAUAACAGUGAUUAUAAUAAUGUUGAUAUAAUUCAAGAGACAGUUAAAUAUGAAAAGGUGCCGGAGGAUAUUGUUGUAGAUAAUGUUAAUCAACCUGCUGGUGGUGGUCAUGGUGGUGAUGUCAUUGAAGAACCAGAAUUUCAACCAGAGAUCAAUCAAGUAGAUGAUGAUCAAAUUGGGGAACCACCUCAACCCAAACCAAUUGCACUUAAAUUUGAAGGACCACAAAAUAGUAGACAAAGAGCAGUAGUUGCAGCAUUUAAACAUUCAUGGAAUGGGUAUAAACAAUAUGCUUGGGGUCAUGAUAAUGUUAAGCCGAUAUCAAAAAAAUAUCAUGAAUGGUUCGGCUUAGGACUUACUAUUGUGGAUUCCUUAGAUACUUUAUACAUGAUGGGUUUGAAUGAUGAUUUUGCAGAAGCUAAAUCGUGGGUUGAAAGUAGUUUAGUCUUCACCAUGAAUCGUGAUGUUAAUCUGUUUGAAGUAACAAUAAGAGUAUUAGGAGGAUUGUUAGCUGCAUAUCAUCUUAGUGGAGAGAAAAUAUUUUUAAAUAAAGCGAUCGAUCUGGGAGAUCGUAUGAUGCCAGCAUUUUCCACUAGAUCUGGUGUUCCAUAUUCUGAUGUCAAUUUAGGGACUAGAGCAGCACAUAGUCCUAAAUGGGGGCCUGAUAGUAGUACUAGUGAAGUAACUUCUAUUCAAUUAGAAUUUCGUGAUCUAAGUCGUAGUUCAGGACAACCUAAAUUUGAGGCAGCUGCUGCAAGAGUCUCAGAACAUGUGCAUCAAUUAGAGAAACAUGAUGGUUUAGUUCCAAUUUUUAUCAAUGCCAACAAUGGACAAUUUAGAGAAUAUGCGACAAUUACAUUAGGAGCUAGAGGUGACAGCUAUUACGAAUAUUUAUUGAAACAAUGGAUACAAACUGGGAAGACCAUAGACUAUUUACGAGAUGACUAUUUAUUGGGCAUUUCUGGAACUAAGAAACAUCUAGUCAAAUAUACAGCUAUUAAUAAGUAUCUUUUUAUAGCAGAAUUGGUUGGUGCGCAUAAAGAUACAAGACCAAAGAUGGACCAUCUUACAUGUUACUUAGGAGGUACAUUAGCCUUAGGAGUCCAUCAUGGGUUGCCACAAGAACAUAUGGCUUUUGCAAAUGAUAUUGUCAAAACUUGUUAUCAAACUUAUGCAAUACAACCGACUUUUCUUGCUCCCGAAAUAACUUAUUUUAACAUUCAGAAAUUAGAAGGAGAUAAUCAAAUGGAUAUGUAUGUGAAAACAAAUGAUGCACAUAAUCUCCUACGACCUGAGUUUAUAGAAAGUCUUUUUUAUAUGUGGUAUUUCACAGGAAAUAAAACUUUCCAGGAUUGGGGCUGGCAAAUAUUUCAAGCAUUUGAAAAUUAUACUAAAGUGGAAAAUGGAUACACAAGCAUUGGAAAUGUUCGAAGUAUUCAUAACAUACGACCACAAGAUAUGACAGAAAGUUUCUGGUUCGCCGAAACUUUGAAAUAUUUAUAUUUGUUAUUUGAUGAUACCAGACAGUUAAUAGAUUUAGACAAAUGGGUAUUCAAUUCCGAAGGUCAUCCAUUGCCUAUAUAUGAAUCAUAAUACGAUGUAAAGAAAAAUUUAUAUUCGACAAAUUCGAAACUGUAUCUUUAAUUAGUUGAAUUCAUUUGCACCGAUUUAUUAAUCAUUAUUAUUAAAAAAUUGCACCUAAAAUCCAAUCAUAUGUAUUGGAUACGAAAGAUUUUCAAAUUCUUUCGAUUGUCUAAAAAAUUUGUACAAAACCCGAGCAAACAUAAUAGCGUGUAUGUAAAGUAAACAUUUACAAAUUUAUUAUCGUAAAUAUUUCAUACGUUAUGAUUUAUGAAAAAUCAUAUCAUUGUUUAUACACAAUUACAUCUUUGACUUGAGUAGUGCCUAUCUAUGAUCAUCGGACGAUGAAAUGAACGAUUUUGUAAAUACUUUACUCUUUAUAUUAUAGAUCAUGGAGAUAAAAAGCAAAUUUUUUUUUCAUUCAAAUUGUUAACACAUCAAUUAUCAAACAAUUGUAAUCAAAACUACUUAUACACAAAAGUACUAUUCAUCUAUAGUGAGCACGUGCUUAUACUAUUUAUCUUAAAAAAGAAAAAAGAAGUACAUAUUCAUAUCUUAGAUUGUACAUUAAAAGAACAGUUUAUUA